UGGCAGCACUAUGCUCUGGAACAUAUUCUUGUUCUGGUUGGAUGUUUAUGCUCACAGCAGGUUCCAGGACAGAUAACUUCUACAGCAAUCUUUGCGUUUGACAAACUGCAGGUAUUCAGUGUGCAGCCGAACGACGGAUUCGGUACGAUUCUUCCCAAGGAGUCCCUCGAAAUGCGGGCGUUCUUUUCGCCCAGCGAGGUCGCUGACUGCAGCUGCAAUUUGGUUUGUAGGAGCGAAAUCGGUGGGCUGUUUCAGUUACCAUGCAAAGCGAUUGCCCUGAGGUCACCGGUAUCCCUGUCGACCUACUGUCUACGGUUUCCUCCAACACUACUUCAUGAUUAUACUCGCAUGGAGUUUCACAUUCGCAACGAAGAGUCCACAAGACGAAAGGGUGAUGGUACUCGGGUGGGGCAGAUAGUUGCUUUUCAGUUUGAGCAACCGAAGGAUGCGCAGGAGGCUAGUUGUCUAGUAUUCUCGCCACCCUGCGGAAUGCUAAAACCCGGAGAGACCAUGGAAGUAUCCGCCACCUACAUGCCAGAGGACUUCUGGCCCACUGAUGAACAGAGUGUUCAAGGAAAAUGUGAGGAAAAGAAUGUCGAUGAGGAACAGGUGAUCGAAGAUGGUGAUGACUCUGGUAGAAUUUCGUUCAUCGAGGAUCAGUGCUCUUCGAAGUUGAGCCUUGAUAGCGGCAGUGGAGUUGCCUACGACAGACAGCGGCUUCACGCAAUCUGCAACAUAGGAAGACUCGUUGAGACUUCGCCGUGUGGAGAGGCUAAAUUUUGUAAGGCUAGUACGUUAGUACUCGAAUGCAUCUGCAUUUGCGUGAAACCAUUUGUGGAGGUAGUGGACAAAGAGCCCAUAUCUGUCCUGGACUUUGGGACCCUGUGUAGCGGCUCCACCUCAGUGAAAUCGCUCCGGCUUCAAAACCACUCCGACUUCUCUGUCAAGGUUAGAAACAGUCCACUGGAUCCCUUUGGACCCUUCACUGUACUCAGCUGCAUAAGCACCAUUCAGCCACGGAGUUCCACUGAAAUGCGGAUACUCUGUGAGGCAGGUGCUGAAAGUCGAACCUUUUUGGAGUCGCUUGACUUCUUGCUGACUGUGGAGCCGUCUACUGCACAGGAAGGUCUACCCUUCGAAGGGAAGACCUGGAGCGGCAUGCUACGCCUUCCUGUCCACGCCAAUUGUAUCGUUCCCAGGUAG